CUCUCUCUCUGAUCCAAGGAAGCUUUGAUUCUCCUGAUUUUAUUGAUAUAACCAGCGCCAAGAUGAUAUAUACUCUUCUUUGCAACAAAACCAUUGGUGCUUCGCUUAGCUUCUGCAUCAUUGUUCUUGUUCAACAAGAAAAUCAAGGCAUAUUUUAUAGAAGCAGAUUUGGAAGACAUGAAUUCUUCCAGAGUUCUUCAGUUUCUCACAAUCUUUCUCUUCCAUCUUUUCCUCUCUUCAGGUUCAAGUGUUUCAGAGAAACCUCCUCCUCAAGGGAUCCAGAAAAAGGAAAAAGGAAAAGUUCAAGAAUUCCGGAUUCUAUAUUCACCUUCACUGUCCACUCCUAUCCUAGAUGAUGUUCCUGUUAUCAACCCAACAACUCCAGGUACUACGACUCCUAUUGUAAGCCCGCCAACCAUGACUACCCCGAUUACAACCCCGACUACAACCCCGACCACAACCCCAACAACCAUCCCAACUACAACCCCAACCACCACGCCAAUUACCACCCCUACAUCAUCAGGGGGUGCUUGGUGCAUUGCAAGUCCAUCUGCUUCACCAACUGCACUACAAGUAGCUCUAGACUAUGCUUGUGGAUAUGGUGGUGCAGACUGUUCAGCAAUUCAACAGGCUGGAACUUGUUACAACCCGAAUUCUGUUAAAGAUCAUGCUUCUUAUGCUUUCAAUGACUACUACCAGAAGCAUCCAGCCCCCACUAGUUGUGUUUUUGGAGGAGCAGCACAACUUAGUAACACUGACCCAAGUAACGGAAACUGUCGCUAUGCAUCAACCUCAACAACAAGCAUAAGUCCACCAGCAAUGACCAUGACUCCACCAGUGACCAUGAGCCCACCGGUGACAACUACUCCAUCUACAACCAUACCUGGUGGAUCUUCUGUUUAUGGUUCAGCAGAACCAACAGGGCUUCCUAACUCAGCCACCUCUGUAUCAUGCACCCUUUGGCUGCUCAUUGCCACACUUGUUCUCGUGGGAUCACUUAAUGCAGCAAACUACAUGUAGGUGACAGUGUAAGCCAUUAAGAUCCUCUUGGCAAUGGGACUAUGAUCGCCUUGCUUGCUGGGGAAAAUUUACACGCUUAAAGCAAGCACUGAGAUUCAAAAAUGGGGUGUCAUCUCAAAGGUCUCUUAUUCGUCAUAAGAUUAUUACUAGCCGUAUCCUUUCAUCUAUGUAGGUAAAUUAGUUGAGGUGUCAGGCAGGAAACGAAGAAGAGAACAGAAUCUUCUAGGGUUUUGUAUCUGUAGAAUUCUUAUGAUAAUUACUCUCAGAUAUGUUAGCAAAAUAAAUUAUCAGAGAAACUUUCUAGCUCUAGGAAUCAUUUUUCCCAGUAAGAAAAAACUCAGACGCUAGAACAUAAUCGAACUUUUUGCUGUCUGAAUCUAUUUGCGUAAAGAAAAGGCAAUAACAUUU